AUGGCCACAACCCGCGCAGCUCCUUCCGAGGCCCCUUCCCCACUGCUCACCCGCCUCAGACAAGAUGGCUUCGUGAUCAUCCCGUCGGUGCUCACCCGGGACGAGCUCGGCACGCUCCGCAGCGCCGCCGCCCGCCUGACCGCCGUGGCGCGCGCGGGCGACUGGCCACACGUGCGCACCGUCGGCAAGCAGUUCCCUCCCUGGGACGCCUCGCUGGUGAAGAAGAAGCAAGGCGAAGGCGGCGUCGGCAUCUGGGGCGUGCAGCACCUGCUGCACCCGGACCUGCCCGUCCCCCAACAGGAAGACAGGGCGGCCUUUGUGCGGCUGUAUUUCCACGAGCGGUUGCUGCGUGUCGCGAGGGAGUUUUUGGAGAUUGGAGACGGCGACGAGGAUGGGGAGGGAGAUGGGAAGAUGACGAUGGAGUUGUGCAACAUGCUCGUUAGGCCUGACGCGGGUUGGGAGGAGGAGGAGAAAGAGGAGGAGAAGGGGAAGGAGAAGAAGAAGAAGAAGAAGAAGAAAGGGUUUGCGCUGCGCUGGCACAGGGAUGACAUCCCCUGGUCUGCGACGCCGGAAGAGGAGACGGCGCGGCUGAAGCGGGAGGGGGACCGGUACGUGCAUACGCAGUGGAACCUGCCGCUGUGGGACGACGAUAGUCUGGUUGUGGUCCCCGGCAGCCACAAGCGGGCGCGCACGCAGGCCGAGCGGGACGCGGACCCGUUCGACGAGAAUUUGCCGGGGCAGGUGAAGGUGCAGUUGAAGGCGGGGGAUGUGGUGUUCUAUGAUAAUAAUAUCCUCCACCGCGGCGUGUAUGACGGGGAGAAGGAGAGGAUGACGCUGCACGGGUCGGUCGGGCAUGUCGAGGGGAGUCAGGAGCGGGCGAGGAACGUGCUCCAGCACGGCGUGGGCGACUGGGUGGAUCGGUGCGAUUUCUCGGUGCUGGGGGAGGGGAAGGAGAGGAGGACGGCCGAGGGGAUGAGGAGGAGAUUGGUGCAGCUGGGCAGGGAGAACCAGGGGCGGGAUAUUGGGUAUUCCUUGGAGGGGUAG